GCAGCAGCAGCAGCAGCAGGGAGCGAGGGAGGGGGGAGGGAUUGUGGAAGCACAGGCCAUAAAAUUGCAAAAAACGGAUUCCCGUACCUCUGGUUCUCUGAAAAGAGCAUCCUGGCUCGCAGCAGAAGUUAAUCUGCUGUACCACUCUGUGUAUGCCACCCCUUCGCGUGGGAUGUUUGACAAGGCGCGCCGUCCGCAUCAGCGGGCGAGCUCCAAAUCGACAUACAUCGCUGCUACCACCGCCACGCGCCCCGUCCAUGACCCAGCACCCAUCUCGCCCUUGCAGAUGACCUUCGACUUCGAGCUGCCCCCAUCGCCAUUCGAGCCCACCACUCCCAACACCGCAACCUCGUCUGCGCGGCAGCUGAGCGAUGGAUGGCCGGCCCCGAGUAAUAGCAAGAGCGAUAGCGCGACGCGCAUCACGUCAGGAGAGUCGCGGGAGGCGGGCUGGCAGGCUGGCGAGAGCGUAGGCCGCGAGGCUGUUGACAGUGCGGGAGGAGUCGCAGCAGCAGAAGAAGGAGGAGAAGGAAGAGGAAAACAGAAUACAUUGUUGGUCAGAAAACAGUCUGUAAUGAGCCAUCGAUUGAGCACCAAUUUUGCAUUCGACGAUCUCGCGCCCAUGCCACUUCCCGACACAUCUAUGUCUCGCACGAAGGACGAAAGGCCCAAAACCGCACAUGGCAGUCACAGCGAUGAUCCAAUCAGCGGUAUGAAGAUGGAGGCCUCGCUCUUCCCAAUGCGCUCCGAUACACCCGUCUUGUCCCAGAUACCGUCGCCGCCACUGCCGUCGAUGAAUCGAUCCUUCAUUGACAGCCGAGACAAGCCAUACAGUAGUCAGCCUCCGAAGUCGUUCGCGACGCUCAAGGGGAACCAUAGCUCGCCCAACCUCCCAGGCGCCAAUGGGAAAACACCCGUGUCAGUUUCGCGAGGGCCGGCUCCGAUCUAUAGCAACAGAGCCCUCGUUCCACAAGCCAGCCUCCAGGAGCUCGCCCAGAGUUCAAAGUACAGCGGAUCCACGGCUCGCCCCAGCACUCACUCGUCCAGUAGAACGGCCGUGUAUCCUGGUGCGUCGACGACGAUAGGAAUGCCAUAUGGCGCGACAGCAGAUUCAUACCCGUUGCCGCAGCACGUCAAAACACGCCCCAAGACAUUGGGGGUCACCUCCAGUGUUGCGGGUGUCAUCGUACCGACUCAUCAUACGAGCUCCAAGACCACCUCCAAAUCGGAUUCGCGCAAGUCGGUGGUUUCGAAAAAGAAAGGCCGUCUGCUCAAUCCCAUGCUGCUGCUCCAGCGGCGGCGAAGCUCUCAAGACCCGGAUGCUGUGGAAGCGGAAAGAGCCGAUCGUGAAGCUCAAGCGCAAGCGCUCGCGAGGCAAAGGGAUGUUCUGGCGUCUGGCGUCAAGAUUCCGCCUCCUGACUUUGAUCCAAGAAUCAAAGGCAAGCUUGUGCAUGACUUCAGCGCACCGAGGGAGAAGCGACAUACAUUCGACGAAAACGACAUGCCUUCACCGCCGACUAUGCAGCAGAGCUUCGGCAAUGCACAGCCCUCGUCGCCAGCAACUUUUCCACCACGGCAUGCGUCUCUGGUCAAUCGUGGAAACAGGAGUCCAAAGGAGGGCCAACGUCGAAGUACGCACACUCCAAUCUUUGUAGAGAACUUGGACGAGAACCCCGAAUCAUCGAAACGAGUCAGCUCCAUACACGCAGAAAAUCUAGAAAACAAGGAAUUCUUGCAACGGGCAUCAAAGCACUCCACCGCAACAGCACAUUCGCAAGAAAGCGCGAUAUUGCCCCCAUUUGCUCGCCGUAGCCAGAUGCUCGACCCUCUACAAGCAAGCUACUUCCAAGACGAAGAUUCUAAGCGUUCAAGUGACCCCUCGAGUCAUAAGGGAUACAGCUCCCCUCCGAGCAAUGGCGGCGAGAUCAGCCCAGUCACUGCUCGCAGUAGUGGACAUAUUGCCAUCAGUCCUAUUUCCGCAGGUCCGACCAGCCCCUAUGGCUCCCGACCAGUCUCGCAUCUGAAUCCCGCAUUGGCCGACUCAAACGCCAGCAAGCUCUCGGCUAAUGACAGCUGGCGUAAGCCUGCAACCGAGAAGACAUUGUGGCCACAUUCAAUUGCGCUUACUGCUCCUCCACAGAACAACUCAAUUACAGAGGGUUCGGGAGACAAUUUGCCCGUUGAGGCUACUAACAGUAUAUCUGAUGUGCAGAAACCACAAUACCCUGUGCGUGGUGCCUCAAUAACGACCCCUCGCAGUCCCGGGGCGCCUGAGACAUUGGGAGCGUUGAAAUUGGAGGCCAAUACUGCAUCUCCCUCGACACAGUCCGUGCUAGACAGGACGGUAGACUUCUCCGCCCCUGAACAGUCACCAAGAUUGAUGCAGGAUGCAGCUACAUUCCACACACAACAAGCACAGCUCAAAAUGGUCGAGAAGAGAGCCUCUGCUGCUGGCCACUCACGGAGAAGUGCAGCCGUCCCUAAGAAGAACGCCAGUAAUGCAAGCAGAUUCUCGUUCCAAUUUGGUGGCGAGAGUGCCGCCCAAGAACAAGCGCUCGAAGAGAAACAUCGCAAGAUUGUGUCUCGGGAGAUCACCGAUCCGAUUGUGCGGGCCACAAGUCCUGACGAAGACGACGAUAACUACUUCGACGAGGACGCAAUGGACGACAUGGACGAGCUCGAAAUGCAAGCAUCGUCUUUCGAACAACCACGGCCGAUGCUGCAUCCUCAAUCGAAGCUGGGCACCAUUUCUAAUGCAGGCACGUCACAAAGCUCGCAAUAUCUUCAGCAAGCUCGUCAAGCUUUGCAACAACCCGACAGUGAUGGAGAAUCGUUGUACGACGAUGAAGUUCCGCAAAUUACAGAUGAGAAGGAUCUGCCAUAUGCAGAACACCCAGCGUUUCGCGCCCACUCUGCGAUGGGUGGCAACUCUCGUCACAACUCAAUGAUGACAGAUACACCUGACGGCUAUUGGCGGGACAGCACAAUCGAUUCGUACAUGCGAGACUCCUACAACCCGGCUGCGGCGCAGAGUCGCGUGUCGCGAAUGAACCCUGCCCUUGGAUCUUCCGGACUCAAUGCUGGCCACUCACAGGACUACUUGGGCGCACUCGACAGAGACAGUCAACGAUGUUCGCGUCCACAACCGCCUAACUUGGGAGUUUCCGGUCAAUCACAAGCCUUUUUGGCCACGACAACGUCAGCAAAGCCAAUGCUACCACAUCGAGACAGUGGCAAUAGCGAACGGAAUCGUGCGGUCAGCGGCUUCAGCUUCAGCACUCUGGGGGCGACGCCGAGCUCUGAACAGGUCGAUCCCCUGGACCAAGUGCACGAAGCAUCGAAGGUCGUCGGUGGACAGGGUCAGUCCGCUGUUGACGAUGACAGGCCGCAUGCAAGUACAGGUAGUCUUGAUAUGCAAACGCUGUCCUCCCAAACCACUCCAAAGCUUGCUAGUGCCCAAGACGAUCCGCAAUCAUCGACGAGCACAAAUCGUUGGCAGAUCUCCUCGACAGGGGAUGCGAACCAGCCAGGUUGGCAAAGAGAUAAUUCUGCGCUUGCCGAUAGGUUCAGCUCACCCAGCAAUAAAGUCAAUCGAAAUACUUCUGAAGCGGGCACCUUCAACCCUCUGUCCACAGUUAGCGAUACGGGUUUCGAAUAUUCAGCUCGUGGAGCGAACCCCCCCUCACCGGGCAAAGGACAGUAUGAUGGCGGUACUGCUGGGCCGCGGAUAAGUAAAGGCGAGAGCGACCUGCAGCGAAUUGGCAGUCCUUCGACCAAGACGCGCAAGAAUAGCUCGCCACCGCCGAAUACAUCUGGUCUCGGCUUGAGUAACUUCACAGCUUUCGACUUCGGACCGUCACUGACCAGCACAACUCUGGCCUCCACUGUCGCGGAUGCGAGUUCCUCUGCAGGUCAACCGCACAAUGUCUUGAAUGCUAAUUCCCCGCGAGAAGAUGGGCGGCGCCCCGUGAGCCAUACUGCGAAUGCCACACAGAAGUCAAAUGUAACGGCGGUCCCGUGCACCGAUCGUGACAGCCAGAGUGGUGUAGUCCCAGACCCACGUGGCAGGCAGAUAGUCCCAGCCUCCUCUCCGCCAAUACAUUUGAAGAAGGCAUCUAUCGCAACGACUAGUCCCGUGCCACCGUGGAAGAAAUCUCCGGAAACUCCACAGCAAGGCAUUGGCAGCCCAAGUGUUGCCACUACUUCUCAUAGAGAGCAGAGCGAGUUCGUCAAUGCGGCGAGGCCCCCCAGCAGCAACAAUGCCAACACAAUGCCGCCAGCCGCGGGUAUGGAUGUCAUCGGCAAGUCUUUUGCCAAGGAAUCGUCGGAAAGCGAUUCUCACGAUGGGAAGAAGGGCUUUCACGAUGGUCAAGAUGAUAUGUACUUCGAUGAUGGCAAUUUUGGUGAAGACUUCGAUGACGGCAUCCCCGCCGCGAGCGGCUUCGACGAGGACGCUUUCGACGACGAUAAUUUCUUGUAUAGACCCAACGCUAAUUUUAACGGUCCUCAGGGAUACGGCCACCGACAAAAGAACAGCAUUUUGUCACUGGAAAGCAUGGGCAGUGACGGGCCAUACCCAUCCUUCGCAGUGCCUAAUGCCAGCAAAGCGCUCGCGAGAAACUCCCAACUGAUGCUAGAAGACUUGCCGAUACAGGCACCUGUGGAUCCGAAGUACAUUCCACAGCGAAACCCGUCCGAAGAUGCGAAAAGGCUGGGCUUAAGCGAUAAAGCGCCGCCUGUUCCCGUGUCUGAGGGCAACCCGGAAGCCCUGUUGCGCAUGCAAAACAGCCUGCAAAAGUACCAUGCGGCACUGGCAGAAGCUGCCAAUCGAGCAGCGAGUGAAGGUCGAUUUUAUCGUCAGCCUAGUGUUGCUUCGACCAUUGCAAGCUCGGUCAACAAGCCUAACCACGUUGUGACCCAUCUCGCCGUAGAUGCGCACAGCAUGCGAGACGACGCGAGUAUGUACUCACAGAAUGAAGAUGGCGGCGAGAUUCACAUGCCUUUCGGCAAUGGCAAGAGCGCAGUGGAUCGCAGCGAUACCCAGCUGAGCCACCUAUCGCAAGCCCCAGAAUAUAGUCCUCGCAAGAUGAGCUUCGAUUUUGGAUUUGAUCAAUCUGCCAUCAGUGACUUUGGCGGGUACGAGGACGAGGACGAUGAUCUGGUAGCUGCUGCAAAUGCUGAGGUGCUAGCCAGCGACGACGAAGGCUUCUAUGGACAGGAAUUUGAGUUCUAUGGUCGUCCUAGGGCAAACUCGAUCGAAGCUCAAGCGUUCAAUGGUGGUUUCUUUGGACCCGAUGGCGAUGAUGGUUUGCAAAGAAACAAGAGCUCCCGGGAGCCCAAUCUGACGCCCAUUACCGAACGGUCGGAGUUCAGUACGCGGAACAGUUUUGUGGCUGGCAUGGCAGGCUUUGGACCACCAAGCGCUGGUGGGUAUGGACAUCCCUCACCAGCAAUGUCCCGCUUGCCUAUUACUCCGCUCGUAGAACACGACGUCAUCUCGUUUGACGAAUUGCGAAGAUUGCGAGCACAGACGUUCGGUGGGAGCAGAAGGAGUGACAAAAGCAGCUCGAAUCGCUCGAGUCAGCAUUCCCUCAGCCUGCUGAGUCCGACGAUCGAUACCAGUGUCGGGAACAGUGCAGGGCAAGGAUACGUUGGCAACUACUCUGCGCAGUAUGGCUCCAAUCCCGGCAGUGGCGAUGCCAGCAUUCCUCCCGGCGCGAAGCCUCUGCCGUUGGACGCAGGAUUCAAUUUCCACGACAGUCCGCAGUCGGCCACGUCCAGCAAUGGCAAUUCUUUUGCCCUGGAUAUUGACGCCACUCCCAAGAGAAACACGAAUAGCGUGACCGAGCCCGUCACGGCCAAGAAGGCACCGCCCAGGAUGAUGAGUCCGACCAGGCCGAAGAGCUCACACUCGAGGAGCGGGUCUGCAGCAGAUAGCAUCACCUAUGUCCAAGAGCCAGACUCGGAGGGUAGCGGUAGACCGCGAUGGGUGCUGGAGAGGAGGAGAACGAGUGAAGCAGGACAAUUGGAGCUGGUAGGAAGAGAAUUUGUGCAGGGAGGAUGGAUAUGAUGACUAAAGUAAUACCUAACUAUAAUUGCGAGAAAUGUUUCCGCCUGUCCUACUUGACUGACGAAGGUGUGCAUGGAUGCCAAUGAGGUGAACAGGACUGGACUGGCUGUGAUAUACAUAUACAUAUAUGUAUAUGUCUGGGAUUGAGCGAGGAGUUUCGGCGGCAGUGCUCUACAGCAUUGCGUGUGAGAUAUCAGCAUACCAGCCUUGGCGACUUGGGGAGGAUUUCGAGCUACAUAAUUCUGGGGUUGCUACGAAUGACAAGUCGAUGGUGUAAAGUACGCCAAGUAUUCUUUCUUUGCAGGCUGAGAAAUUGGCGUAAGCGAGUGGAAGGAGGAAGUAGGUUGAUGAUUGCGACGAAUAUGAUGUGCCAGGUACAGGUAGGUGAGAACACCUCCGACUUGAGUGUCAAGGCUCCACGAGCCACUCCAACAUACCUAUUGUAGGCAGACUGGGCUACGCGACGCGACGUACCGGAACAUUGCGGCGAACAUACCAAAAGUCAAUGUAUUGAUGAUGGGAUGCUGGAAAAUGGAAGAAACGUGGUAGACCGCGAAAGCUUGGCGUGGUCGAGCCAGACUUACUCCCACGCUCCAUCCAUAUCAGACUUUUGUGAUGGAGCUGACAUCGGCACGCUUCCCAGUGGACCACCAGAAGAACACUGCCCUUGGCGCCCUCCAAACCGUCCUAGUGUACAGUCAUCAACAAUGGAUUCAAACACCGGGGAGCCCGACACCCCCCCUCUCUCUCUCUCUCGCACACACACACACAA